AAGAGAAAGAGAAGGGGAGUCGUUCAGAGCAUCUAUGCAUCCAUUCUAUAACACAAUUUAUUCCGCUGCAUUUCAAGUUUCUCACGAAGUAAAGAUGUAGGGGUAUCUUAUACUGUAUCUCCAGGUGAAGCUACCUUUACUCACAGCUGUCAGCCAGAGCUAAAAGCGUAGCCCUGAGACCAAAUCCUGUCCUUCUGUCACAUGACCGCUAAUCGUAAGUAAGCAUUUCCGCGUUCACGAGAUCUCUUGCAACCACUGAAUGAAGCCUUGGACUGGGAUUAAUUUUUCUGCAUCGUGCUGUGGUCCAAACGCAUUGCCGAGCUGGGGGGAAAUUCGGGGAAGGGAAGCCGUGCAACGCAUCGCACGGAUACACGUCGCGGUGCCAACAUGCUCACUCGGGUGAAAUCUGCGGUGUCCAAUUUUAUGGGAGGCAUCAUGGCUGGUGCUUCCAACGGUGACCACAUCAGUGGCAUAGACCUGCCACUGAAAUUCCCUUACAUGAGACCUGAGUUUCUUGGGCUGUCACCGGAUGAAAUAGAGUGCUCCGCAGAUCACAUCGCUCGACCGAUCCUCAUUUUGAAAGAGACUAAAAGAUUGCCAUGGGCUACUGGUUACGCAGAGGUGAUCAAUGCAGGGAAGAGCUCUCUCAAUGAGGACCAGGCGUGCUGUGAGGUGGUGGUGGUGCCGAAGCGCUCCACAGGCGGCUGCUCCACCCCCAGCAGAACCCCCACAGCCAAGAGGAGAUCUUCUCUGCCCAACGGAGAGGGCCUCAGUCUCAAGGAGCAGCCGGACUCUGAGGGACUGGUGUUUCACUACUGGGGCAUGUUUGAUGGGCAUGCAGGCUCAGGGGCAGCUGUGGUUGCCUCCAGGUUAAUGCAGCAUCACAUUGUGGAGCAGCUGCAAGAUGUUCUGGACGUGUUGUGCAACUUCGCUAGCCUACCCCCCACCUGCCUGGGAGAGGAGCCCAACAAUCACCCGACGCCAGGGACCAACCGGGCCCUCACACGUGCCGCCUCCCUCAGGGGGGCCGCCGGGGCCCCAGGGUCCCCCUGCACCCCUCCUCCACGCUUCUACACAGAGAAGAAGAUCCAGCAUGAGAGUCUGGUGGUGGGAGCCCUGGAGAACGCCUUCAAAGAGAUGGACUCCCAGAUUGAGCGGGACAAGGCCGUGUACAACAUCACUGGGGGGUGCACGGCCCUGGCGGCGGUCUACCUGCUGGGGAAGCUCUACGUGGCCAACGCAGGGGACAGCAGGGCCAUCAUUAUCAGGAACGGAGAGGUAAUCCCCAUGUCCACGGAGUUCACCCCAGAGUCAGAGCGACAGCGACUGCAGUUCCUGGGCUUCAUGCAGCCGCACUUACUGGGAGGGGAGUUCACACACUUGGAGUUCCCCAGACGAGUGCAGAGGAAAGAGGUGGGGAAGAGGAUGCUCUACAGAGACUUCACCAUGAAUGGCUGGGCAUAUAAAACCGUUGACGAUGAUGACCUGAAGUUUCCUUUAAUAUAUGGAGAAGGAAAGAAGGCACGGGUGAUGGCCACCAUUGGAGUGACUCGGGGGCUUGGCGACCAUGACCUUAAAGUGCACGAUUCAAACAUUUACAUCAAACCCUUUCUCUCCUGCUGUCCAGAGGUAAAAGUGUACAAUCUAACCCAGUACGAGCACGGGGCAGAUGAUGUACUAGUUAUGGGAACUGACGGCCUCUGGGAUGUCCUGUCCAAUGAGGAAGUAGCUGAAGCAGUCACAUCUUUCCUGGUCAACUGUGACCCUGAUGACUUACACAGGUACACCAUGGCUGCCCAGGACCUGGUCAUGCGUGCCCGAGGGGUGCUGAGGGACCGAGGCUGGAGGAUCACCAAUGACAGACUGGGCUCUGGAGAUGACAUCUCUGUCUACAUCAUCCCUCUGAUGUAUGGUAACCGCCAAGUCUAGAACAAAGAGCCCUCCGAGAGAGGGUUCCUACUGCACACCCCCCCCCCCCCCCCCGCUCCUCCGCCCCUCUCCCCCUCAGUGUACUUCAUCUGGGGUCCGCUGAGGCUCCUUGCCCUUGUCCCAUCCUGUGCUUCCCUCUGGAGUCUCUUCCUGUGUGAUGAACAGUUACCGAUGACAAGCACUUUGUAUAUUUCUCAACUAUGUAUUUCAUGUGACCCCUGACUACAGACCACUGACUAUGUGCUUUGACACAGAAUGGCCUUUUAAGGUUAUAUAAUAUCCCUCACAGAAUUUCUUCCAGCUUCCCUGAACAUGCUGAGUGUAAAUGCAGGUUCUGUAGUUGUAGGACAUUUCUGAAAAGCGCCAUUUUCCAGCUUUGUUUUGAAGAUUACGGGGUAAUGCAGGAGAGAAAUGGUAUGGAGUGAAGAAUUUGAGCAAAGUGCAAUGACUUAAAUGAUGCGAUAUGUGUAUGCAGAUACGCUUAUUUUUAUGUUAAUGCUAUGUGUGCGUGGGGGGAGGGGGUAUGCCUUGUUUAUAUUUUGUCAUUACUGUAAAAUCUAUACAUGGGCCAAGUAUUGAUUAUUUAUUCUAACAUAGGAGAUGUACUUGAGUUACUCCUGUGUUCUGUACAAGAAGGUUACAGACAUGUUUGCUGCUGACUCACACUACCACUCAUUAGGAGGGGACCACUCUGUUCACAGCAGCAGGAGUAAGACAGGGUUUAUGGAGCUAAUGUAAGGAAUGUUAAUGUAAGGCUGGACCAGCAGUUGAUGGUAAAUGGUUUGGCAUUUUCAGAUGAUGGCACUGGGGGGGGGGGAUCACAGGCCUCACCACAAGCUGUUUUAACUGUUGACUGAAACAGUGAGAAUUCAAUAUUACUGAGUAUUGAAUGAACUAUUCUAUAGUAAACUACUGAGUUUGCCAUUGUCCAUAAAACGAAGCAUGAUGCCCAUUGCAGGUGGACAUGCUCAUUCAGAUGGCCCUGAUAUGUGGCUCAUAUCCCUACCUGACUGAGCAGAAAGGGUCUCUUAUUUGAAGGUCAUCAGAUUUCCGUAGGCAUAUCACAAGAUGUACAGCAUGGCUGUCGGACAUUCUGUCAUCAAACUGAAUAUGGAGAUUGAGUGAAUGUGAUUUUAGGAUAUCUGUGUUCCAUUUUCACUUCUGUCUGUGCCAUUUCCUGCAUGCUGCUGAAUGUGAAAUAUUGUUUUACAAAAAAAAUGUCAGCAAGGGGCAGUAGUUUUGUUAGUAUUUUGUUCUAAACUGUAUUUACAAGUCUUACGGUACAGUAAGGUGUUUGUGUGUUAAUAGCUUUUGUAGAGCAAUAUAACAAAUAGACAGUGUCACUGAUUUUUACCUGCGAGUGUACAAUUCCUUUUAUUUUAAGUGUUCAAACUACAUUUUAAAUGUAGUCAUUAUUUUUUUUGUGUUCUCAUCUAUGAUACUGUAUUUGUAUUCAAAAUAAUGUAUAACUUUAUUUAUUAUUAAGCAAGCUCAAAGUAAUGUUUCUCCCUAAAUAUAUAUUUAUGUAUUUAAACUAUGGCAGCAAAGUCCUGGAUCUGCAGACGCUGACACAACAGUCUGACAUUUUUUGAUUGUUUUCUAUGUCAUAUUUGCACAAUUAUAGCCUAUGUUUUGGGAUGAAUGGAUUGUAUUUAUUGUUUUUUGUAGAAAAAGAUGUUUUGGGGAAACUUUUUUUUUAAGAUGGUGCCACUUGAAACCAAUUGUGCAUGGGAAUAUGACAAGUUGCUGAUGGUGUGCCAGUUUCUCUAAAAGGAAGUUUUCUAACUCAGGUUUUUGAUCUUGAACAUUGAAAUAAUCAAUGGGUAGCAUUUUUUUUGGUUAAAGGAAACCAGAAGGAACUUGGAAUCUCUAACAUUCAAACACACUUAGGUGUUGUUUACACGGCGUAAACAUAAUUAUGUUUACCUUUACGCUUUUCAAUGCAAGUUAGUCAUCUAUUUUUUUACACAAAAUGAGCUGCCCACAUUGUGUCUACUUGAAUUUGUCACAGUGCUCCAGUCAGCCCCCAUGCAUCUGAACAAAUACAGAAAGUACACAUCCACAUGGUUAUUCUAUGUGCAAAUGUAGGAAAUCCAUAUACUAGCUGCAUUUUUAAGCUAAGUGUGGACUACAAAACAAAUAUGAAAAUCCCUACCUCCUUUCUAAAACUAAACCUUUUGUGAACUAUACAGGAACAAUAAUACAAAUCGGAGAUUGUUAUAUGUAACUAUUUAUCUAAAUCAUACUACAAACUUACCGGCUUGUUAUCAAUUGUUGAAAAGAUCUGAUAAAGAGGGCAGGUCAGCCAAGUCUUAAAAGCAAGUGACCAAAUAAGAUUGAUGCAGAAGCAGGGAGUCUACCAAAGAUCAAAUGACAACUAUCAGCCAUGAUGAUAAGUUAAAACACUGGCUUAACAGUGAAUGCCUCAUUUAAACAGCUUGGGCAGAGACACUCUGUCAUUUAAGGUCAGCAUGCAACUGGACUGAGCUUUUACAACUGUUACAAAGAACAGGACAAGUCCAUUUCAAUCAUAGUUUUUUUUGUAGCUAUGCAAAGACAGUUGAUGCUGCUAUAUCCAGACACAUACUAUCAAGAUAAAGGUAAUGGACUUCCAGUCUUACAUACAGGUAGAACCUCAUUCAUAUCCUUUUGAGUUUUCCUGGCAACAAAAGAUGAAUAUUUAGAAAGGGGGUGGGCAGGUUAACUUCAUUUUUGAGGAUGCUGCCAUAUUUCAUCACAAUAUGGUCUUUGUAGAAAUCCAUCUACAUAGCAUUAUGCCAAUCCCACUUUCUCUCAAAUAGCUGUAUGCAAAAGUUUGGGCACUGUGGAAAGUCAGCAUUUCAUUUUUUUUCCCAUCUUGCAUACCAUGUUAAGGUCUAUUAAACAGAAUGUUGUGCAUGUACAUCAUUGUUAGGAUUAACCUACAGAAUUUCAAUCUGAAUUUGAAUUCAUAAACCUUUUCUUUACCUCAGUUCUGUCUUCUAUGCUACUGGCUGCUAAAGAAUCCUAAAACACAAUAUCCACCACAUAUUUACAGUUGUCAAUGGGUUCCCCUCAAACACUUUUUUUCCACCUUUUUUCGUUCAUCGGCUCACAGCCCUUUCUCCAAAAUGACAUGUUGUGACUUAUAGACAUUAAUAUGGAAGUUGUUAAGAUUUCCCUUUGGUAGCCCUUCCAGGUAGACAAUGUUUCUGCAAGCAGCAAUUCACAUUGCAAUGCCAUACCAGUGUCAGAUAAAUCUUGCUGGGUCAUAUGACUAACUUGGUUGGCCUUUCUGCUAAGCGGACAUACAGUUUUCCUCAAAAUCUCGCCUUAACUUCCUGAGUUACCUUUAGUCCUCAAGUCAUUGGAAACUGCAAGCAGGAAAUGCUUUGAUAUCUUUCUGCUGUUUGUGCUUCGUCAGCAUCCCACGUGCUGGGGAGUCUUCCAAGUGUGUGUGGUUUAGUCACAAACCCGGGCAUUCAUUUAGGAAAACCUCCUAAAAGAAGAAACCUUGCCAUGUUUGAAUUAAAUCACAUAUUUGGAAUAUCUCCCUGUCCAUCCUUUACAACAAGUCCUUACAAAUGAAGUAACACUCACUAUGUCAGGCUAUAUUCUGGAAGGGUGCCCAAACUUUUGCACAACAUAAUUAGUGUUGAACUUUGUAUUUUAACAAAAUACAAUCUUUUUUCCCAUAGGGGUGCUCAAACUUCGCAUUCCACUGCAUAUGGUUUGAACCUGUAUACAUGGAGUACAAUUCUUUUCACCGACUACCUUGAGGAGUAUGUGUUUGGGAUCAGUGAGUUAGAGAGAUUAUUGUAACAUUUUCAAUGUCAUCAUAUAUUUUGGGGAGGGUUUGGACCACUGGAAAACUCCUUUGUUAACCUUGCAAUGUACAUUUUGUAAACAGUGUCUGGAGUCAAACGUAUUUUUAAUGUUCUAGGUAUUUUAUGUGCAAAGACCUUGGAAAAAUCUUUACCUCUAGUGUUGGUUUUCCAAAAAAAAUAAAUACAAAACAUAAUUGAUAAAGAA